AGGGGAGACUGUGACUCUGCCUGAGCCGGUCUUCAGCAUGCAGAGCAUACAGGAUGAGUGCCGAGAAAUUCCUGAAAUCCAGAAUGACCGAGGAUGGGGUGGUGUGCUAAAACUGAGAACCGGAGUGCUUUCGGAGGUCACAAAUGGAGGAGGAGAGGAGGAUGUGGGGAAAGAGUCUCUGAUGAUGGAGCUGACCAGGCUGGUGCAGAAGGUGAUGAAAGAGAGCAGCUGGUGGGAGAAGAGGGGAGUGGACUGCAGCAUCCUGACUGCAGCAUUCCUGUGCCUGGUACCUGCCUUCCUGCUGCUAGGCUCAUCUCAGCUGCUAUGGUUUUCCUUGGGGAUGCUGUUGAUGGGUUUGGGUCAUGCUGUCAUCACCGUCAAAGGGACACAUCUGGCCAGUCACGGGGCGCUCUGUGAGUCGCACACCUGGGCAAAGUUCUGGGCCAUCUUCUUCAUCGAGAUCUGUGGCUCAUUCUCAGCUCAAGCAGGCAUACAUGGUCACAUUAAGAUGCAUCACGCCCACACCAACGUCAUUGGACUCGGCGAUUCCAGCGUCUGGAAGAUUCCCUUUCUGCCUCGCAUUAUCUACUUGUUUAUGGCCCCCCUAUCUGUGCCGGUCAUCACUCCACUCGUUGCUCUAGCUCAUCUUAAAGGAAAUUCUUUAGGCAUGGUGGUCCGGACGGUCCUGAUGAUUGCACUGGGCCUGUAUUCACAGUAUUGGCUCCUCAUAAACGUGUCCGGGUUCAGGUCGAUGCCCGGGGCCUUGUUAUGCAUGCUGGUGUGCAGAGCCAUGUUCUCCAUUCCGUACAUCCAUGUCAACAUUUUCCAGCACAUUGGUCUACCAAUGUUCUCUCCAACAAAACGGCCGAAGAGGAUUUACCAGAUGACCCAUGGAGUUCUGAACCUGCCCCGCAACCCUAUGCUUGACUGGACGUUUGGACACUCUCUGAUCAGCUGCCAUGUGGAACAUCACCUCUUCCCCUUUCUGUCAGACAACAUGUGCUUAAAGGUGAAGCCUGUUGUGUCCAAGUACCUGACUGAAAAGAAGCUUCCUUACCAGGAGGACACCUACCUGUCCCGUCUUCACCUGUUCUUUACCAAAUACCAGGAGUUGAUGGUGUUCGCUCCACCCAUCACAGAGCUGGUGGGAGUGCAAUGACUAAGGAAGGAUGAUGUCAUCUUUACUUAGGACUUAUGACAUGCUUCAACUUAUAUUGUGCUGAUUAAAACAGCCUUUAAAACACAAGAAAGGUAUUAAAAAAUAUGUACUGUAGAUAGCUUAAAUUAUGAGAAUUUUUUAAACACUAACAGACUUGAAGCGUUACAGUUUAGCUGUUGAUUUAAUCAAAGACACCUAGAUUUAACCCCAAACAUUUUCUCUAAUCUGCAGCAUUGCUCUAAGACUUAUGUUCCAACUUGGUGUCUGUCUUAUACAGAUUCUGUCCAUCAUCAUCCUGAUUUACCUCGAACAUGUACCAUCUACUACCUCAGCUAAAGUUAGGAAAUAACAUUUCCACUUUGACAAAGCUGCUAAAGGUGGUGAAUCUUUAGUUACUUGGCAAUGAUGGAAGAUUGCUGCAUAAAGAGUUGGCAUGGUGUAAACGGGAUAGGUUUCUGUGUCCAAAAGCACAAAUCUUUUCACAAUGCAGGUAUCAAAUUGUGAAAUUGUGGUACAUGCCUUAUUUAAAGGCAUGUACCAUAUGGCCUAUAUGGAUUUGUGCCUCUGUGUGAGGUCCUUAUUUAAAGGCAUGUACCAGUGCUCCAAUGGUCAAAAACAUAAUAGAAUAUUCAAUUAGCUAAUUUUAAGUAGAAUAUAACGAGUUUGGCAAAAAGUGACCAAUGAUGUAAUAUUAUUUUGGAGCCAAUAAUGUAACAUUCUGGCCAUAGUAUAAUAAGUUGCUAUGGUAUGGCGGUGAACCAUAAGAAAAAAUGCAAUAACUGCGUUGGGUCAUCCUGAAACAAACUAACAAAUAUACUCUUUUGCAAAUAAUUUAACAUUCUUUCAUAGAUGAAAGUAUUUGCAAAUAAUAUUCUAGUUAAACAUGUUGUACUAAAGGUAAUCAUCAGGUUGUGCCUUACAGUAAUAUUUUAGGUUAGGAUCACUGCAAAAUGUGUAUCUUCGAUGAUGGCUAACUGUGGCUCAGUAGAUUGAAUAGUUAGUUGUCUUGCAACCUGAAAGUUAUGGUUUACAUUCUGGCUUCCUCCUGCUACAUGUCAAAGAUUCUUUUAUUGCCAUGUCAUUAAUAUUUUUCUUACAAUAUUGGACAAAUGUUAUGUUAUAUAAUCCAAAAGUUUAUUACAUUAUUGGCAAGUCAUUUGAUUUAUUUGAUUCAAAAUUCUUUUGUUAUCAGAUAAUAGACUCCACCUCCAGAAAUAGUGGCUACAUCUAUUCUUUAGCCACCACACUUUCUGUUGAAACCAAUUAAUCCCAUCUCUCUUUAUCCUUUAAAUCUUUAAAGCACAAACCUUCUGUAAAAAUCCCUGGAAUGUGAGAUCAUGGAACCUUAUUUCAGAGGAUUAAGCCUUAUACUCAGGCUUUUAACCAGUCAUAUGCUAAAACUUAAAAGUUUUAAUCCAAUUCUGCAGAUGUCUGACAUGGUGCAUAGUACUGCCGUGAUUUAGUUUCUUUAUGUCUGUUAUGCUGUGUGGUGUUUGUUUGCACUAUUUCCAUGACUUUCAUAAGCUUUUGCUUUGUUCGAUCAUCUGUAAUUAGGUCUUUUAUCUUUGGAUUAAAAUGUAAUAAACUAAAAGCUU